AUGACAGUCAAACAUGGUACAUCCAAUUCAAGCACUACUAUAGAAGAAUUACUAUUUCUACUCCAAGCAGAAAGUGUCCAUUACUAUCUCUAUGUCAUGGUUCAGCACAUAAUUACUCAUGGAGUAGCAGGUUUGUACGGUGGAGAAAGUGAAGGAAGAGUUGGUUUAGGUAGUUCUGGGAUUUCAGGCUUUGGCAUAGUUGGGACUUUUAGCUUUGGAAGCUCGGGAACUUUUGGCUUUGGUAGUUCUGGAAUUUCAGGCUUUGGCAUAGUUGGUACUUCUAGCUUUGGAAGUUCAGGGACUUUUGGCUUUGGUAGUUCUGGAAUUUCAGGUUUUGGCAUAGUUGGGACUUUUAGGUUUGGAAGCUCGGGGACUUUUGGCUUUGGUAGUUCUGGGAUUUCAGGCUUUGGCAUUGUUGGGACUUUUAGCUUUGGAAGCUCUGGGGCUUUUGGCUUUGGUAAUUCUGGGAUUUCAGGCUUUGGCAUAGUUGGUACUUUUGGCUUUGGAAGUUCUGGGAUUUCUGGCUUUGGCAUAGUUGGUACUUCAGGCUUUGGCAUUGUUGGAAUUUUUAGCUUUGGAAGCUCUGGGGCUUUUGGCUGUGGUAGUUCAGGGGUUUCAGGCUUUGGCGUAGUUGGUACUUCAGGCUUUGGAAGUUCUGGGACUCUUGGCUUUGGUAGUUCCGGAAUUUCAGGCUUUGGCAUAGUUGGUACUUCAGGUUUUAGAAGCUCUGGAACUUUUGGCUUUGGAAGUUCUGGGAUUUCAGGCUUUGGCAUUGUUGGGACUUUUAGCUUUGGAAGCUCUGGGGCUUUUGGCUUUGGUAAUUCUGGGAUUUCUGGCUUUGGAAGUUCUGGAACUUUUGUCUUUGGUAAUUCUGGUAUUUCAGGCUUUGGCGUAGUUGGUAUUUCAGGCUUUGGAAGCUCUGGGACUUUUGGUUCUGGGAUUUCAGGCUUUGGCGUUGUUGGGAUAUUUAACUUUGGAUGCUCAGGGACUUUUGGCUUUGGUAGUUCUGGGAUUUCCGGUUUUGGCAUAGUUGGGACUUCUGGCUUUGAAAGUUCUGGGACUUUUGGCUUUGGUAGUUGUGGAAUUUCUGGCUUUGGCAGACUCGGUAGCUCAGGCUUUGGUAGAGUUGGAACUUCAGGCUUUUUCAUAGCCGGAGGAACCUCAGUCUUAGGCACUGGUGGGAUUUCUGGCUUUUUCAAGGGAGGAAACUCUAGCUUUGGCAUUGAAGGAAUCUCGGGCUUUGGCAUAGUAGGAAGCUCAGGUUUUGGCAUAGUAGGGAUCUCAGGCAUCUUAGGCUUUGGCAAAGUUGGUAACUGGGGCUUCGGUAGAGUUGGUAGCUGAGGCUUUGGUAUGGUUGGAAGCUGAGGCUUCGGCACAGUUGGGAUUUCAAGCUUUGGCAAGGCUGGAACUUUUGGGAGUUCUGGUUUAGG